AUGCAACAACUUUUUAUCAAAAAAUUUUAGUUUUUUCACCCAAAAUUGUCAUGCUUCCAUUAAGAGAAUUUAUUUUUCAUAAUUUCAAUUUGCGCAAUUCUACAGUUACUGCCAUUACGGUAAAAGGGGGAAGUUGGGCUGUUGCUCAGGUUUCAAAGCCGUCGGGUUGUUUCCAACCAAAUUAAGCUGAAAUCCAUUCAGAAGAAGAUUUGUUAUGAUUCUGUCUGUUGGUGACUGAUUAUGAAUAAAUUAUCAAGAUUACCUGGAAACAAACCACUAAACAACCCGUUAGGUAAAUUUAAGCUAAUGUUAAUGCUAACUAGCCUCCAGGCGGGUUCGGAGCUCUAACUGAGGUCAGCGGGUUAGUGGCAGCUGAGCCCGUCCAGAUUCUGUCCGAAUUCCUUUAACGUGACAUAAUGCUGAACUCUGGACUCAAAAGAAGCUUCAUCUGGAUCUCCAAUCCUGCCAAACGACUGAGAGCAGCGGUGAAGUAGCACUUGAAGACCUGACCACACACCCUGCCCUCUGUCGGGAAACCUCCAAAAGCCGCUUUUCUUGCGCCUCUUCCACCAUUUUCAGGUUUUCGCCCCUAAUCUCCUGAUCGAAUGUGCCAAACGCUCCCCAAAGGAUCCAAACGGAUGAAAAUCAACGAAGAGAAUGGAGUCAUUAGGAGGCCUUUGGUUUGCAGAGGAGCCGCAUUGUUUGAGCUGCUGAACGUUUGAGAAGAUAAACAGAAUUCCAGCGAGGAGACAUGAGCUUCAAGUGCUGUUAUAAAAGAUUAAUGCAAAGUCGGCCGGACCUCCUGGCUGGGAGCUGCGGCCGACUGACCAGUGCCAUAUGGACUCCUUUAUGCACGCACGCUGACCAGGACACACACUGGUGGCUCCAGGACAGCACUCUUUAACCCGUUUAACACGCUGCGACAAAAGAUGUGCACCGUCCUUCCUCCUUCCUUCCUCCUCCUCCUCCCUCUCUGCCCAGCUGAAUACCCACUAAAGCUCUGUGUGGCAUCUCAACACUCACACCGACCCUGGAAACAGGAACCACGGGCUGCAGGACGAGGGACCGGGACUGAGCGUGGAAACGUCCUGAUUGUCCUAAAAGAGACAAAACAAAAUGAAGGCAACAAAAUCCAACUGAUUUAACCGCACAGAGGAUUGAUGUAAAUUUCCAGACAGUGUGGCUGAUGACCAGCUGGGAAAGGCCAUGGUAACUGGAGGAGCUGCAGAGAUCCACAGCUCAGGAAACCAGCUGGUGAACCAGUUCCUUUAUCCAGUCCUGUCAUGCACCUCAGCGCUCUGAACUGGUUUGAAACUUUCAGCUCUUAAUGGGAGGUGAGGGUGGACCUUCUGACGCGUACUGGUGUGUGGGAGUAACUCCAGUAUAAAACCAGUUACAGCAGCUUCAGGGACCAGAGGAGCAGUUUUUGACCAUGAUGUUCCCGUGCAGCGCGCUGCCGCCGCCUCUCUACCCGGGCUUCCUGCGUCCUCCCGCGGCUCUCUCCUCGCCCCUCGGCCGCUCGCUGCCCUCCGGCUUCCUGGUGGAGGAUCUGCUGCGGCUGCAGCCUGUCGGCUACAUCCACCGGGCCUUCUCCUCCGGGAGCCCCGGGGAGUUUAUCCAACUCGGCCCGGGGCUGGGAGCUUCUGCUCGCCCGGAACCACCGAACCGAACCGGGUCGCCGCACACGGGCUGCUCGGACUCGGGAUACCUGAAGUUCGGCGUCAGUACCAUCCUGGCCCCGUCCACACGGAGCGUUCAGAGUCUUCAGACGAAGUCGCUGCCGUUCUUUGACGGAAACCUUCAUCCUCUCAUCAGAGCCUCGUACUUCUCAGCCGCCUCCUCUUCCUCUUCUUCUGUGGUUCCAGUCCCAGGAACGUUUUCUUGGCCUCUGGCCCCCCGGGGGAAGCCCAGGAGGGGCAUGCUGCGGCGGGCCGUGUUCUCGGACCUCCAGAGGAAGGCGCUGGAGAGAACCUUCCAGAAACAGAAGUACAUCAGCAAACCAGACAGGAAGAAACUGGCCAGUAAACUGGGGCUGAAGGACUCACAGGUGAAGAUCUGGUUUCAGAACCGCAGGAUGAAGUGGAGGAACUCCAAGGAGCGCGAGUUGCUGUCGACGGGCGGCUGCCGCCAGCAGACCCUCCCCACCAAAACCAACCCCCACCCGGAUCUCACUGACGUGGGCAGCACCUUCUGCAAGCGGCUGACCCGAACUGCAGCCGACAGCCAGGAGUCGCAUCCCCACCACCAUCAUCAUCAUCACCUUCAUCACAGGAGCCCAUCCUCUCCAUCAGAUCUGAGCAAACAGUCAGAGUCCGACGGUGAAGAAAUCACGGUUUCGUAAAGAGGAGUGACGUCAGAAGCUCCAAAGUGCCUGAAUCUGCUGUGUAUAUAUCUGUAUUUACUCACCGUGUUUCUGUACAGAGCUGUUUAUUGGCAGCUAAAUAAAGUUCACUGUGCUGCUCUAGAUUUAAUAUUUGUAGAUUGGAAAGUUUCAAACUUAAGGUUGCAAAAUGUAUUGCAUUUUUUCAUAUUUUUGUUAAAAUAAAUUUUAAAAAACUCUCCUUUGUGUGUUUAUUGGUGUAUUCAGCUGAGGUCACAUUGGUCUUAGCUAAUUAGAUGCAAGUUAUUCAUUAAUGAAUUAAUAUAAAGUUGAUUGAUUUUAUCAAUCAUUAAGUGAUAAGCAUGAGUUUUCUUAAAAACCCGA